AUGAGGGCAGAAGACGGUCCAGUCGUUCACGGAGUCCACGCAGAGACAGGGAUAGCGACCGUCGCGGAGGUCCAGAUCGUCGAGACAGGGACCAUAGACGGGACCGGGAAGACGAGCGACCCAGUGGACGUGAUCGAGAUAGACGCGAAGACGACCGAAGACGGGACCGCGGUGACGAUAGACGGGAUCCCCCAAAGAGGGAUGACAAGGGUGCACCGUCUCGCGACGGCAGAUACUCUAAAGAUCGAGAAAGUGAGCCUAGAGACCGUCCUCCACCUAGGUCUGAGGGAGCACUGCCGUCCAACACAGCCUCCAAAAGGUAAUUCGACGUCGUCCACGAGACCAAAUCUUGACCCAGAUGCACCUGACCACCCCGUUGAGGAUGGAGAGGCUAUGGAUGCUAUCAACGAAGAUGAUGCAGCUAUGAUGGCAACGAUGGGCAUGACAGGGUUUGGAUCUACCAAGGUUCUCUAG